AUGCAUCUGAUCUACCUUAUCACAUGUUUUGUCGCAUCGGCCAUUGCCUUUACACUGAACCCAACUGGACUUCAAGAGAAUCGCGUUACAGGUGACCAAUGUACUCCAAAGUGGCGCUGGUGUACCGCACCAGUAUCGUCAGCUCUGUUAUGUUCUAGGGCAGAUAACAUGGAUAGGUCUGUACUAUCUGAUUCGGACCUUAAAAGCCUUGCAUCUGCUAAACUCGAAUUAGCGUCAGUUCCUUCGCCAUUGACUUGGGACUGUGUUGUCGGUUUUAUGCAAGGAGAUCCGUGUUCGUAUAACGAGGAGCAAUGGUUUCCCGGUUCCAAAUCAGUUGACGACCCUUGGAAGGCGGGAAUUGGGAGCUUUCAGUGCGAGAUCAGCAAUACCACCUGUCCAACAAUGGGGACAAGCGCAAGCGCAAGCACAGCUACGGGGACUCAAUCCAGCUCCAGCUCUAGCUUGGCAUCUCCAUCCAGUUCUAGCUCCAUAUCUCUGUCCAGCGCUUCAACAACUCAAACUACUUUUGCUUCACCCUCCAUGUCUUACUAG